AUGCUCAAGGAAGAUUUGAUCCGAACCGAAGAAAUCACCCAGGACAACAUCUCCGACCACGUGUACGAGCUCUUCUCGUCCCACACUAGACGGUCGGCAAAUGCCCAGUCCUUGGGCUUCGUCAACUCGGGGAGCGAUCACGUGACCUUCUCGCACGACGCGUCCGGCACCGAGAUUGAUCUGCACCAAUCCACGGCCAUUUUGAACUCGUCUGCCGCUAGUACUACUGGAGCGGUCCUGUGGAAAGUUUCGCCCAUUUUUGCCUCGUGGGUUCUCGACUGUUCAACAGUGCCAAAAAACAGUGCCAAAAAGGGCAAGAAAAGCAGCUAUACGUAUACUCCUUCAACGGCCAACCUGUCAUGUACUCCAAAGCUGUUUGGGCCGGGAAAUACCUCGUCUGUGCUGGAACUGGGAUGCGGAGCUACCGGACUACUGGCCUGUGUGUUUGCUCCCCUAGUAAAGACCUAUGUGGCCACUGACCAGGCACAUCUGCUCAAGUUGACCAAGAAAAACAUUGAGACAAACCUCUCGCAUUACCAGUCUCAAACUAUCCCCUCUCAGUCCAACAAGGCCAAGUAUAGAUUGGAAUGUAUGGAGCUGGAUUGGGAAGAUGCCGAGGAGUCGUGGAACAAGAUAAAAGACAAUGUGUUUGAAGGACACUAUCCGGAUCUAGUCAUUGCUUGUGAUACCAUCUACAACGAGUACCUCAUCGACCCGUUUGUGGAGACCCUGAAGCUGGUGAGUGGUCCAGAGACGGUCAUCAUGGUGGCCCAGCAACUACGACUUUCAGACAUCUUUGAAACCUUUAUAACUGCUCUGAUCGAGGCUGGAUUGAGAGUCUUUGCCGUUCCAGAACAGCUUAUGGGGGAGGAUUUUGCCCAAGGGUAUUCUUUGCAUUUGGUGGGAAAUGAUGGACCAUAG